AUGCCUUUGAGUUGUUUUGCUUCACAGGUACUUCUAACUGGUUUGUGUCGAUCAAAGCUGGCAGAUCAUCCUUGCUUCACCAGAUCGAAAGGUCCUAAAGAUUCCUUCCCCAGACCAAACUCAUACAAAGGAAAUACAGUCAUGGGAGACAAUAACGACGAAGUUAGUCUCACAAAUGUUGUGGUGGCUCAUCCCACCGUGGCGGAACAAAAUGAACUAAUCGCGCAACGGAUGCAACAGAUAGCCGAGAUGAGAGUCGAAAUGCAGCAGAGGCAGGAUACCCCUCCACCCGGAUUUGGACCUAAUUUUGUUGAUGCAAGACCUCCGAUCUCCACCCCUCCCAAAAGAACCACCUUCCAAGUUCCCAUUCCUUCCGAGCAUGAGGUGCACGGUUCCGAGUUGGACCACUACGAGGAACAGGAGAGAGAAUGGAAGGCAAGAGAAGAGGCAAAGAUCGACACAAAGGAGGAGAUCAAAAGGUCUAUGAAAGAGUUGCAAUGCGUUCUAGACGUCGCCGAAUUGAGUUAUGCAGAAUUGUGUAUCCACCCAGACUUGAACCUUCCUGAAGGGUUCAAAAUCCCAAAGUUUGAUACCUUCGGAGGGGUAGGCAACCCCAAGGCACAUUUGAGAGCUUACUGCGACCAGCUCGUGGGAGUUGGCAAAGAUGAGACUUUAUUGAUGAGGCUUUUCAGCCGAAGUUUGUGCGGUGAGGCCCUAGAAUGGAUAGUCCCUAAUCAGUAUUCUUUAGAGAAAAUAAAGCAAAAAUCGACGGAAAGCUAUCGGAAAUUUGCCUACAGAUGGAGAAAAGAAGCAGCAAGGGUGAGGCCUUCAAUGAUUGAAAAAGAGAUUAUAGAAGUGUUUGUGCGGGUGCAAGAGCCCGAAUACUAUGACAGAAUCAUUUUGUUAAUCGGAGCCAAAUUCGCCGAGAUAGUCAAAGUUGGCGAGACUAUCGAAGACAUUCUGAAGUCGGGGAAGAUAGCCCGAGUAUCCGCGUCGCCUGGAUCUUUCGGAUUGAUGAGGAAGAAGAGAGAGGAAGUUGCCGCUGUUUUUUAUGGGGGAAGAAAAACUCCCCGAAACUCAUCGUGUCCUCAAGAUUGCUCCAAUCCUCCACCAAAAUCUCAUCAAACCUAUCGCCCACAAUCCAAUCAUUCCAACAACUACAAUACUGCCCCCAUCUAUCCAGAUGCUCAAAUUUUGUCAAUAAUGCUCCCAAUUGUGCCAAUGUACAACUACCGAGCACCCUCCCACACAUAUCAAGUCCAAGCUCCAGCAUAUCAAAAUCCCCUCCCGAAUUACCAAGCUCCUGUUCCAAAUUACCAGACAAACCCCUACCCUAGAACCCAAGCUCCUCGCCCAAAUGCCCGCAAUUAUCAACAGGUUCCUCCCCCUCAGCAAAGCGGGUAUGAUCCUUCUUGUCCCAGGUUCGAAAAAAGGCCUUUGAGGAACUUUACUGCACUGGCUGAAAGUCGGACCAAGCUAUUCGAAAGACUAUCCGCGGCCGGAUACAUCCACUCUGUGGGGCCCAAGCCCAUGGAUGUCAACUCUAAGUUCUACAAACCGGAGCAAAGAUGUGCUUAUCAUUGCAACAGUGUUGGACUCGACACCGAAGAAUGUAUCAAUUUUAAGCACAAGAUCCAGGAUCUGAUCGACCAGGAGGUAGUCUCCCUCCAACCGGCUACGCCAAACGUCAACACAAAUCCGUUGCCGAAUCAUGGGGCUGGCAAAAUUAAUAUGAUAAAGACGGAUGAAGACGAGUGUGAAAUCAAGAGGAUUACUCCUGUUGCGCAGGAAGACUUGGAAAAGGCUGCCGCUUCUUUAAGCGUCAAAGAAAAAAGAGAGUUCGUUAUUCUGACACCUACAAAGGAUGUUGCCUUGGUGCCCUAA